CUGAUCCCAGGGCCCUUCACCUCCUGACGCCUGCCUAAUGGAGGUUGGACCUAGUGUAUAUUCCACAUGAUGGACUUGAGGCCCUAAGUAGGUGGAAAGGACAUGAGAUUGAUUAGAACUCAAAGGCGUACUCCCGGCGGGCCCCAAAAUCGGAGAAACAAACUUACAGCUCCUUGGACACAAUGCAAGGUCAUUAUUGUCUUGUGUGCAACUCACUAGCUUGGAAGUCAUCUGUUCCUGGCUACCAGUCCCCCAGAGAAGUCACAAUUGACCUUGCCACCACGGCCCCUCCCUGCCUGUGUAACUGACUGAGAAAGGUGGUAUUUAGUGACCCAAAGUUAACUGUUAUCAGGUGGAGACCCCAAGGAAUCCCAAAUUGAUGUUUAAGUCUUUUAAAAAUUAACUUUAUUGCCGAAUUCUUAAUGACGGAUUUAUAAAUACUUGAGUUUUAAAAGCUGAAGGGUUGUUCUUUAUCAAGCCUUGUGUGUACAACUGGAAGGCUGAGUGCUGUCAGCAGUUGUGUCUCUGGUCUGAACUGGUGGCUUGUUGUCUGCCUAGCAGGUCUGUGAGGUGUUUAUCUGUUGGCUGUUUUUUUCCCCUGGGACCCUCUAGUCUGUACCUAACCUGACUAUUCUCUGACGAUACAGGCUGCCUGGAACCCUGUUCCUCUUCUCCUGUUUGCCAGUCACCAUGGGUGCCUCAGGAGUAUCUCCACUAUCUCCACACACCUGAGCAAGGGCCAUGUGCAUUCAUAACCUAGUCUCACUGGCUCCUGGGCUGCAGCACACUGAGCACUUCCAGUCAGAGCUCUCUGGGAAUCCCUGCUGUGGUUCCUCCUGCACCCGUGAAGUAGCAGCAGGCUGGACUGCACAAAGGACAUGGCAGCAGCCAACUUGGAGAAAACCUUCUUCCAAGAAGGAAGUGUUUCCUGCUGUCCUCUCACUACUGGUUUCUGAGAGUUGGUUUGGGGUUUCCUUCUUGACAGUGGGGUGCCAGGCCUCCACUUCCCAUGUGGUUGCUACAUGGAUUGUCAGUGUAGCUUGGCAGGGCUUUGUGGUGUGUGGGGGUUAUAACUCACAUGGCUGCAGCCAGUGUGACUUCCCCUGGCUCCCUAGAUCUGCUACAGCCUGGCUUCUCCAAGACCCUCCUGGGGACCAGGUUAGAAGCCAAGUACCUCUGUUCAGCCUGCAGAAACAUCCUGCGGAGGCCUUUCCAGGCCCAGUGUGGGCACCGCUACUGCUCCUUCUGCCUGACCAGCAUCCUCAGGUGUGCAUCCAUUCUCUCCAGCUCUGGGCCUCAGAACUGUGCGGCCUGUGUCCAUGAAGGCCUGUAUGAAGAAGGCGUUUCUAUUCUAGAGAGUAGUUCGGCCUUUCCAGAUAACGCUGCCCGCAGAGAGGUGGAGAGCCUGCCAGCUGUCUGUCCCAAUGAUGGAUGCACUUGGAAGGGGACCUUGAAAGAAUACGAGAGCUGCCACGAAGGACAGUGCCCAUUCCUGCUGACAGAGUGUCCUGCAUGUAAAGGCCUGAUCCGCCUCAGCGAGAAGGAGCACCACACUGAGCAGGAAUGCCCCAAAAGGAGCCUGAGCUGCCAGCACUGCAGAGCACCCUGUAGCCACGUGGACCUGGAGGUACACUAUGAGGUCUGCCCCAAGUUUCCCUUAACCUGUGAUGGCUGUGGCAAGAAGAAGAUCCCUCGGGAGAAGUUUCAGGACCAUGUUAGAGCAUGCAGCAAAUGCCGGGUUCUCUGCAGAUUCCACACAGUUGGCUGUUCAGAGAUGGUGGAGACUGAGAACCUGCAGGAUCAUGAGGUGCAGCGGCUACGGGAACACCUAGCCCUACUGCUGAGCUCAUUCCUGGAGGCCCAGGCCUCCCCGGGAACCUUGAACCAGGUGGGGCCAGAGCUACUCCAGCGGUGCCAGAUUUUGGAGCAGAAGAUAGCCACCUUUGAGAACAUCGUCUGCGUCUUGAACCGUGAAGUAGAGAGGGUAGCAGUGACUGCAGAGGCUUGUAGCCGGCAGCACCGGCUAGACCAGGACAAGAUUGAGGCCCUGAGUAACAAGGUGCAACAGCUGGAGAGGAGCAUUGGCCUCAAGGACCUGGCCAUGGCUGACCUGGAGCAGAAGGUCUCCGAGUUGGAAGUAUCCACCUAUGAUGGGGUCUUCAUCUGGAAGAUCUCUGACUUCACCAGAAAGCGUCAGGAAGCCGUAGCUGGCCGGACACCGGCUAUCUUCUCCCCAGCCUUCUACACAAGCAGAUAUGGCUACAAGAUGUGUCUACGGGUCUACUUGAAUGGCGACGGCACUGGGCGGGGAACUCAUCUGUCUCUCUUCUUCGUGGUGAUGAAAGGCCCCAAUGAUGCUCUGUUGCAGUGGCCUUUUAAUCAGAAGGUAACAUUGAUGUUGCUGGACCAUAACAACCGGGAGCAUGUGAUCGACGCAUUCAGGCCUGAUGUAACCUCGUCCUCCUUCCAGAGGCCUGUCAGUGACAUGAACAUAGCCAGUGGCUGCCCCCUCUUCUGCCCUGUGUCCAAGAUGGAGGCCAAGAAUUCCUAUGUGCGGGAUGAUGCUAUCUUCAUCAAAGCUAUUGUGGACCUAACAGGACUCUAGCCACGCCUACUAAGAAUAGCAGCUCAAUGAGGAGCUGUCACAUUAGGCCAGCCAGGCCCUGCCACACACAGGUGGGCAGGCUUGGUGUAAAUGCUUUAGGGCCUCAGCCUAAAGCCAAUCACCAUCACACAGAAAGGCAGGAAGAAGCCUCCAGUUGGUCUUCAGCUGGCAAACAGUUGGACGGUCCACUGAGCUCAAGGGCCUGGUGGAGCCCGCCGGGGAGCUUCUCAGCUUUCCAGUAGGAAAGCUCCUGCUGUCUCCUCUGUCUGGGGAAGGGAGAGACCCAUGGGUGGGUGCUCAGAAAGGGCCUCUCCAGAGAGAGCCUCAAGAGCUGCAGCAGGUACAAAGUGACUGGCCUUCCCCACCCCAUCCUUUGGAAAAGAGGUAGGGGCUGCACAGGAGAAGGCAUGCGCCUGCAGGGUGUAGCCCAAGAGAGAAGCUCUCUGACACAUAGGCACUCACUGGAGAAGGGCCUGCCUGGGCUGCACAGCCCUGCCAGGUGGCCUGUAUGGGGGAGAAGUGAUUAAACUGUUGAGAUGACU